AUGCGCACGCUGCAGUCCGUGGCGGACGCGGCGCUGGACGAGGCCGGCGCCGGACUGCUGGACUGGCAGCUGCUGGAGCCGAGCUGCAGGCCACGCGGGCUGCCGAAGCUGCUGCGCCUCUGCGGGGUGGACCGCGUGUCUGCGACGCUGGUGCAGGCGGCCGCGUACCGGCAGGCCCUCAGUGACCUGCACCUGCUGGUUGGGUUCAUCCGCGGCCACAGGCACGCCCAACGGGUCCUGCAAGAGCACAUCCUGAACGACACGUUCGACCUGCCAGAGACUUUUGCAAAGGACCAGCUCGGGACCGUCUCGAUAUCCAUCCAGCGCGCCGCCACCCCCGACGGCGGCGGCCGCGCCGCCGGCCGCGGCGCCGCCGAGGCGCGCCGCGUGCUCGCCGAGAGCCAGGCCGCGGCGGCGGGCGCGCUGGCGCUGGUGGAGGGCAUCGCGCGCUCGCACCCCUCGCUGCCCGCGUGGCUGCGCAGCAAGCAGGCGGCGCUGGAGAUCCUCACGGAGCAGCACGCCUUCCUGGCACAGCUGGCGGAGGCCGGCCUCGUCCAGCCAAGGGAGGUCCUCCUGCUCGAAGAUCUGAUGACAGCCCAGUUCGAGUCCCUCCUGCGCUCCAACACCGGCGUGCACGCGGCUGUUCAGUACAGCCGCAGCCGCCCGCCGCUCAACGUGCUGCCGCUGUUCGAUUCGCUGAGCGACGCGGAGGCGGCGCGGCUCAUGGAACAUGAGGGGUCGAGGUCAUGGGGCCACAAGCACGGCCCCUGGGACCUGCGGUGGAGGGUGUACUACCCGGGGGAGACGAUUGCCCAGAUCUUGACCCCCAUUGAACACGUCAUCAUCAUUAGUAAGGGCAGCGUGAAGAUGCUGUUCCCGGUGACGGGCGGCCCGCACGGCCGCUCAGAGGAGCACACAGUUGUCGCGUCUGUUGGCGACGCCCUCGGCGUGUGCGAGCUGAUGCUUUCUCUGCCGCGCAUGGGCAGCCUCACGGCUGACAGCAUGGUGCAGGCGCUGCUCGUGCCCGCGGCGCGCUUCCAGGAGCUGGCAGCGGCGUACCCCGACGUGAAGAGGCGUGCGUGGCAGGCGACUGCGGCGCAGCUGGCGGCGCAGCACCACCACAUCCUAGGGGUGCACAAACAGCUCGCGCCGCUCAAUAUGUUCUUCAGGGCCUGCGACGUCGAGCCCCUCAAGGAGGGUCAGCUGCUGGACGUCCCCCACACGGGCCUCCUGCUGACCGGGCAGGUCGAGUCCCUCGCGCCCGCCGCCCCCCCAGCUUCCUCGCCCCCGGGCUCUUCCAGCGGCGCCGCAGCGGCGGCGGCCGCGGCCGCGGCCGCCAGCCACGUGCUUUGGGCGCCCGCUGAGCUGCCGCCGGGCGGUUACAAGAGCCUGAAGGAGUCGAUGGUGCUGCAGGUGCCCAAGGGGCCAGAGCUGCCCACGCACCUGGAGACGACGACGUAUCAGGCGCAGGUGUUGAGCAAGGGGUCCAUCCCCCUCAUGACCGCGUCCAUGCCCCCGUCGCGCGCAGCGAGCGGCGGCAGCCUGCAGUCUCAGGGCUCAGGGGCCGUCGCGGGCGGGGACGACCUCGCGCGGCGCAGCGCGGGGGCGAAGGCGACGCCGGUGAAGACGCUGCUGGGGAGAAUUUCGCGGCAGCGCGGCAGCACGGGCGGCGACGCGCCGGCGGAGGCCUCGCUGCUGCAGCGCGCGCUGCAGAGCAUGCGCGCCGGGGGCGCCGCCCCCGCGCCGGGCGUGCCGCAGCUGCACACGGUGAAUGAAAGCGGGGGCGCCCACGCCGCCGCCGCCACGGCGGCUGCGCCGAACGGCGCCGCGGCGGCGGGCGGCGACGUGGGCGCGCCGGCGCGCGCGUCCGGGCCGGCGGCUGUCGCGCUGCGCGCGAUGGGCUCGCUGCAUGACAGCUCCGUGCGGCGCGGCAGCGGCGCUGCUCUGCGGCGCAACAGUGGAGGGAGCGCGUCGUUCCGGCACAGCGGCCUGGCAUGA